AUGUCGCGCCCGCAGGAGUUUAAGAACCGGCCGGGCAACGUCGCGAAGGUCGUGACGUUCGACUCCACGCAGCAGCAGGUCGCGGUGUACGAAGCCUCCGACCCUAACGAGGGCAAGACCGGCGACCCGGUGAAAGACCUCGAGGCGAAGCUGAACUACAUCACCGAGGCGGUGCCCCUCGUGGACAACAUCGUCGCGGGCUCCACCGCGGGCGCCGGCUCAGGCGCGUUCUGUCAUCUCACACCGGUCCCCAUACGACCGCGUCGGCGUGGUGAACGCGAUCCCUUAAGGACUUUCUCACCCGGCGUGUCUCUCCGCCCAUCAAGGGUCCCUCGGUUUUAA